CGUUUUGCGAGCACAGUCAGAAUCGAACACUCCGAAACUACGCAUCUUUGGGAAAUCAGUUGUAGCAGAACGGAAUAAGACUUUAGCAAACCAUUCUUCGCAUUUUAAUCGCCAAAAUGAAGUUCCAGUACAAGGAAGAGCACCCGUUCGAGAAGCGAAAGGCCGAAGGCGAUAAAAUUCGGCGCAAAUACCCGGACCGUGUGCCAGUUAUCGUGGAAAAGGCACCGAAGGCACGGAUUGACGAUUUGGAUAAGAAAAAGUAUCUGGUCCCAUCCGAUUUGACCGUAGGCCAGUUCUACUUCCUGAUUCGCAAGCGGAUUCAUCUACGCCCGGAAGACGCACUGUUUUUCUUCGUGAACAACGUGAUUCCGCCAACGUCGGCCACGAUGGGCUCGCUGUACCACGAGCAUCAUGAGGAGGACUACUUCCUCUACAUUGCCUACUCGGACGAGAACGUUUACGGUAACAACGCCAGCGCCAACUGAACAAACAAUAAUAUGCGUUCAAAAUAACGAAUACCGUGCACGGAGCAGUAACGAGAAAAGUAUGCAAAAACACUGAUACACUGUGGUGAUAAAAAGGUUAAAAAAAAUGUGAAAACAUCUCUUAUUCUCUUAAAAUAGGUAUCAUCUCUUAGACCGUGUCAACGUCACCAUCUAUCCUUACUUUUUUAUCCUUUCCCUUUCCCCCGCCUUUCACAUUGGGAGUAUUCUUGCAGUCGAGGGCUGGGCUAUUUCUCAGUUCACUGUAUCGUCGGUUUUAGUUUAGGGUCAGCAAAGUUAUCCUAUGUGUCUUUACUAGAAACAAUUUGACGAUUAUCGACACUCCGUUUCCUCCCCCCGUUGCGUUCCAUCCCACCUUGUACUUUUUCCUCCUGUGGUUCACUUUUUUUUGGGUAUAGUUAUAUGACCUAGCUGUAUUCAACGUAUGUAUUUUAUUUAAAGCAAAAAUAAGAAAAAAAAUGUAUAAGUAGGGUUAAACAAAUAAAAAAAAACUUAUAAAAAACCAAACACGUUCCAAUUGGUAAUUCGUUUCCACUACAAGCCUUCACAUCACCGAGGGCCGGAAUUUUUGAAUCGAAUUUGAAACUACGUGGAAUAUUUUGCUAGCUUUACUUAGGUGACUAUACUUGUGGUUUCAUAUUUUCAAAAAAUAAACAAUGCAUUGAAUUUAGUUUAUAAAGAUGAAGUUAUCAACGUUUAAAUUGUUUUUACCCCUAUUUGUUCUUCAUUUCAACGUUUUCCCCCCGAGAAAUGCCAUUCUCGCAAUCAAAAUGUUCAGCAAACUAAAGAUGUUUAACGUUUAUUUGAAUGAUAUUAUAAGAUUAAUACCAUAAUAAACGAUCAUUUAGAUCCACGAUCAACAGUGAUUUUGUAAAGCGUUUAGUAAGU